CCACAAAAUUAAAAAAGUAUUUGCAGGCUUUGCAUGCGCUAGCUGCGCAGCUUCUCGUUUUCGCAUGUUCGAUCCCAACGCUACCGCCUUUAAAUUGUCUCGAACUCGCCUUCUUCUGCGCAUCUUUUAUAAGCCCAUAAUAAAUCCAAUAGAUAUGUGGAUAAAUAUCGUUCCCACGGUUUUCUUCUUCUUGCUGCAAUGCUCCAGUACUUAUUCUGCUGUGGGAUCGCAGUUCCGUGCGAUGUAUGUGUUCGGAGAUUCGUUAGUGGAUGACGGCAACAACAACUACCUCAACUCCGCUGCCAAAGCGAACUAUUAUCCCUACGGAAUUGACUUCAACGGUGGAGCUACUGGUCGCUUUUCUAAUGGCAAAACCUUCGUCGACUAUCUAGGAGAGAAGUUGGGUUUGGCUUCUCCACCGCCGUUUGCUGAUCCCAACACCUCUGGGACCAAACUUCUUGGUGGAGUCAAUUAUGCCUCCGCUGCCGCCGGCAUCCUUGACGAAACCGGCCAGCAUUUCGGUGACCGAUUUACCCUAAGCCAGCAAGUGAUCAACUUCGAGAGAACGGUGAAUGAACUAAGAACCAUGAUGAGUGGAGACAUCCUCAACCAAUACCUGUCCAGGUCUCUCGCAGUUUUGGUGUUUGGAAGCAAUGACUACCUCAACAACUACCUCUUGCCUUCCCUAUACACUUCUAGCUACGAUUACAAUCCCUCUGAAUUUGCCAACCUUCUCCUCAAUCAUUACGCAAGGCAGAUUGUGGCAUUAUACAGCGUGGGGCUGAGGAAAUUUCUGCUGGCCGGAAUCGGGCCGCUCGGCUGCAUCCCAAACCAGCUGGCUACGGGGCAGGCGCCGCCGGGGAGAUGCGUCGACUACGUCAACCAGAUACUGGGCUCCUUCAACGAAGGGCUCCGAUCACUCGUCACCAUCCUCAACAAUGGCACCCACCCCGGUGCCAUUUUUCUGUACGGCAACACUUACGCCGUCUUCGGCGACCUCCUCAACACUCCUGCUUCGUAUGGGUUCGCGGUGGUGGAUAGAGCGUGCUGUGGAAUAGGGAGGAACCAGGGGCAGAUAACCUGCCUUCCAUUUCCAUACGCAGGGUUUCCAUGCUCCAACAGGGAUCAGUACCUCUUCUGGGACGCCUUCCAUCCCACCCAGGCUGCCGAUGCCAUUCUUGCCCAGAGGGCCUAUUCUGGUCCUCCCAACGAUUGCUUCCCCAUCAACGUUCAACAAAUGUCCAUGCUCAAUUAGUUUUCCUGGUGUAUAAUAAAGCUUAAAUUGUCCAAAGGUAAUUAAACAUACAAACAUUUCUGAAGAUUCAAGAACAUUAAACCGUUCUGCAUUAAUGGAGAGUCUGACUAUUGAUUUCUUUUUUUUAACUGAAUAUAAUAUUCCAAUUGUUGUUUACACAUAAACUGAUCUUAGUCUUCCCAGUCCAUCAUAAUUGUGCCUUCAAAUCUUGUCUACCAUAUAUGUAUGUUGGGAGAAGAGAAGUGGAUCGGCCAAAGGGUAUAGCCGCCUAGGGGGGACUUCAUAUCAGAUCAGAGAACCCAGACAGAAGAGAAGAUCACAUCAGUCAACAAAGAAAACAAAUCCAAAUCAGGAAAAAUUUACACAAUCCCAGAGAAGGGAAGAUGCUUACUGGCCUUGACAAUACCAUCAUCACAUCCCUUGAUUUGGGUCAGUGUGUUAGUAGCUAGCAUAGUAGCAUGUACCAAAACACUUCUGAUAACAAAGACCCCAAAACAGAGAAAAAUAGCAAAAACCCAGCUCCCCAUAUCCAUAUAAGACGCAAAAAGGCGUACCAUCCGCAAGUCGAACUUUCUUUUCUUUUCGCUGUUCCAUGUAUCAGGCCAAGAAAAUCUCCAUGCUCGCCUCCUUUACAGAUUGGCAGACGGGACAAAACCCAAGAAAACCUUCGCAAGAUUUGCAGCAACUGAGGUGCCUGCAAGGAAGCAAAACAACGCACGAACUUCGAGCAUUGCACACCUUGCAACCCAUCUUUCUGCUUUGCUCUUGGUCGUCACAGGAACCACACGACGACUGUUCAUCGCCGUUGCCGGAAGAGGACAAAGUGGCCAGUUCUCUGGCUUGCGAGAGCGUGUUGUGGAGGCUCAAUACCUUCGCUUCGUUCUCUCUGGCCAGUCUCUGCCACGCUUGGCUCUCCGUCUCCAUCCUUCUCAACAACUCCUCAAGCUCCAUCGUUUUCCUCGCCGCCAUUGCCAGGUCCUCGUCUUUUUGCCACAUUAAGCUCAUCAUUUUCGUUUCGUGGCUCUCUAGUAGAGCUCCUAGCUGCUUCCUUGCCGCUUCUUGCACAAUAGCUCUCAGUCUCUCUUCCUACUCCGAAAAACCGAAAAAACAAAUAUAUAUGUAUAUAUAUAAAACAAAGGCAAACAUCGAUUGAUUACUUUGAUUCUGACCUGAAGCCGGAGCAGGAAAUCAAACUCUCGGCUCUGCUUAUCGAUCAGAGCUGCCAGAGACCUGGAAAACGCCGUUGACGGAGAAGGAACUGGCCGCGGCGGUUCUUGAAUACCUGCAUACAGCCCGGCGUCGUCAAUCCUCAGAAGAGAGCUCGUAAGCCGAUCCUGCGCGCUAGACAUGGCUGAUCACCUCGGAUUUUCAGAAGAUAUAUAACUAACUAGCUGAAGGAAGGUACAGCCGUCUUAAACCAGGACUAAUGUGGGUCCUGUCGCCAUAAGAAGAGUCGCACGAGGUUUAUCAGAUGGAUAAAAAAGGGCAAAGCAUCUGGCGCUUUUAGUGCAGUGGCUGUGGGUAGAGUGAGAGAUAUGUGCUGCAAUGCAAGGUAGGAGCGGAGAAAAUAUGCGACACAACU